CUGCCCUGGUCUGUGCCUUUGGAAGUGUGACGCUCAUCGGUGCUGGGCACAGCCUGCUGUGGGACAGACAAUAUCAUCACACGGCCAAGAUGGUGGCAUUUAACUGGAAGGCUUUGGAGAAUUUCCCAUUGCUGAUGUACAUUUUGGCAGCUAAAACAUUAAUUCUUUGCUUAGCGUUUGCUGGAGUAAAAAUGUACCAGAGCAAAAAAAUUGAAGAAAAACUGAAGAGGGAACGUGAAGAGAAAUUGAAAACAGAAGCAGAGAAAAAGGAUGAUUGAAGAGUCUCUCAGAUUUUCUGACACUUGGCAGCUUGCAUUGGAUUCCUUUCCUGGGAGAACGAAGCGAAGCCUUCCUGUAGAUGAAGGAUGUGUCAAAGGAAUAAAACCCUCAAGAGUAACAUUUGCUUGAACUGUAUCUCAACUUUUUAUACGUGCGGCAAAAUAUCUAAGCCUCUAUUUAUGCAAUAAAAAAACCUUUGU